GUGCUAGGCUGCGCCGGCUGAAAGUCGCCGCCUGGCUGCAGAGGGGCGUCAGUCGCUCCGUCACAGCGCGCGGGCCGAGUUGCCAGGGCUGCGAGUUUGAGUCCCCGUCGCGGCUCUUUUUCUCUCUGCCUGUGUUCCUGUCCCGGAGGCACCAUGCCGGUCUUCCACACGCGGACGAUCGAGAGCAUCCUGGAGCCGGUGGCGCAGCAGAUCUCCCACCUGGUCAUCAUGCACGAGGAGGGCGAGGUGGACGGGAAGGCCAUCCCGGACCUCACCGCCCCCGUCGCCGCCGUCCAGGCCGCCGUCAGCAACCUCGUCCGGGUUGGGAAAGAAACAGUUCAGACAACAGAAGAUCAGAUCUUGAAGAGAGAUAUGCCACCUGCAUUCAUCAAAGUGGAAAAUGCUUGCACAAAACUUGUCCAGGCAGCUCAGAUGCUCCAAAAGGAUCCUUAUUCAGUACCUGCUCGUGACUACCUUAUUGAUGGAUCAAGAGGCAUUCUUUCUGGGACAUCGGACUUACUUCUAACAUUUGAUGAGGCCGAGGUUCGUAAAAUAAUUCGUGUUUGCAAAGGAAUUCUGGAAUACCUAACUGUGGCAGAAGUGGUGGAGACUAUGGAGGACUUGGUGACAUAUACAAAGAACCUGGGACCAGGAAUGACCAAGAUGGCCAAAAUGAUUGAUGAACGACAACAAGAGUUGACUCACCAGGAGCACAGGGUUAUGUUGGUGAACUCCAUGAACACCGUGAAAGAAUUACUGCCAGUUCUUAUUUCAGCUAUGAAGAUUUUUGUAACAACUAAAAAUUCCAAAAGCCAAGGAAUAGAAGAGGCCUUGAAAAACCGCAAUUUCACAGUAGAGAAGAUGAGUACUGAAAUAAAUGAAAUAAUCCGUGUGUUACAGCUGACAUCCUGGGAUGAAGAUGCUUGGGCCAGCAAGGACACAGAAGCAAUGAAGAGGGCAUUGGCCUUAAUAGAUUCCAAGAUGAACCAAGCCAAAGGCUGGCUGAGAGACCCCAGUGCUCCAGCAGGAGACUCUGGCGAACAAGCUAUAAGACAGAUCCUGGAUGAAGCAGGAAAAGUGGGAGAGCUGUGUGCGGGCAAAGAACGCAGAGAGAUUCUCGGAACCUGCAAAAUGCUUGGCCAGUUGACUGAUCAAAUAGCUGACCUUCGCGCUAGAGGACAAGGUGCUACACCACUAGCCAUGCAAAAGGCCCAGCAAGUGUCCCAAGGAUUGGAUUUAUUAACAGCAAAAGUGGAAAAUGCAGCUCGCAAGUUGGAGGCCAUGACCAACUCUAAGCAGGCGAUUGCCAAGAAAAUCGAUGCAGCUCAGAGCUGGCUUGCGGACCCUAAUGGGGGCAGUGAAGGAGAAGAGCACAUCCGAGGCCUUAUGGCUGAAGCCAGGAAGAUUGCAGAACUCUGUGAUGACCCCAAAGAGAGAGAUGAUAUUCUGCGCUCCCUGGGCGAAAUCUCUGCUUUGACUGCUAAAUUGUCAGACCUCCGGAAACAUGGGAAAGGGGAUUCUCCAGAAGCCCGAGCCUUAGCCAAGCAGAUAGCCACGUCUCUUCAGAAUUUGCAGUCCAAAACCAACAGGGCUGUGGCAAACAGCAGACCUGUCAAAGCAGCUGUCCACUUGGAAGGGAAAAUUGAGCAAGCUCAGAGAUGGAUAGACAAUCCUACAGUUGAUGAUCGCGGAGUAGGCCAGGCUGCAAUCCGGGGCCUUGUGGCAGAAGGACGCCGUCUUGCCAAUGUCAUGAUGGGACCUUAUCGCCAAGAUUUGCUGGCCAAAUGUGACCGUGUAGAACAGCUUGCAGCCCAGUUAGCGGAUCUGGCAGCAAGAGGAGAAGGGGAAUCUCCUCAAGCCAGGGCAGUUGCUGCUCAGCUGCAGGACUCAUUAAAGGAUCUGAAAUCAAGAAUGCAAGAAGCGAUGACACAGGAAGUAUCGGAUGUGUUUAGUGACACAACAACUCCAAUCAAACUGCUGGCAGUAGCAGCCACUGCUCCUCCAGAUGCACCCAACAGAGAUGAGGUGUUUGACGAACGAGCAGCCAACUUUGAAAACCAUGCUGCUCGGCUUGGUGCCACUGCAGAUAAGGCAGCUGCGGUUGGAACAGCCAACAAAAGUACUGUGGAAGGCAUACAAGCGACUGUGAAGUCCGCAAGAGAACUCACGCCUCAGGUUGUAUCUGCUGCACGCAUCCUCUUAAGGAAUCCUGGUAAUCAAGCUGCUUAUGAACACUUUGAGACCAUGAAAAACCAGUGGAUUGAUAAUGUGGAAAAAAUGACAGGCCUGGUGGAUGAAGCCAUUGACACCAAGUCUCUGUUGGAUGCCUCUGAGGAAGCCAUUAAGAAAGACCUGGACAAAUGCAAAGUGGCAAUGGCCAAUAUUCAACCACAGAUGCUUGUUGCAGGAGCUACCAGCAUCGCCCGACGAGCAAACCGGAUUCUGUUAGUGGCAAAGAAGGAGGUUGAAAACUCAGAGGACCCCAAAUUCCGUGAAGCUGUUAAAGCUGCUUCGGAUGACCUGAGCAAAACCAUCUCCCCAAUGGUGAUGGAUGCAAAAGCUGUGGCAGGCAACAUUUCCGAUCCUGGUUUGCAGAAAAAUUUCUUAGAUUCUGGAUACAGGAUUCUGGGAGCGGUUGCCAAAGUUCGAGAAGCCUUCCAGCCCCAGGAACCUGAUUUCCCCCCUCCGCCUCCUGAUCUUGAGCAACUCCAUCUCAGUGACGAGUUUGCUCCCCCGAAGCCACCUCUGCCGGAGGGUGAGGUUCCUCCCCCCAGGCCUCCUCCCCCAGAAGAGAAGGAUGAAGAGUUCCCAGAGCAGAAGGCUGGGGAGGUGCUCAACCAGCCCAUGAUGAUGGCUGCCAGGCAGCUGCACGACGAAGCCCGAAAGUGGUCCAGCAAGCCUGAAGUGACUGAUGAGGUUAAGGAAGCCCCUGAGGCUGGUGUAGAUGUAGAUCAGGAGGAGGAGGAGGAGGAGGAGGAAGCAGAUGUUGAAUUCACUCUCCCCUCUGACAUUGAAGAUGAUUACGAGCCUGAGCUGCUGUUAAUGCCAACCAACCAGCCUGUUAACCAGCCCAUUCUGGCCGCUGCUCAGUCUCUGCACCGGGAAGCCACCAAGUGGUCUAGUAAGGGCAAUGACAUAAUUGCAGCUGCCAAACGUAUGGCCCUUUUGAUGGCUGAGAUGUCCCGUUUGGUAAGAGGGGGCAGUGGGAACAAGCGGGCUCUUAUCCAGUGUGCCAAGGAUAUCGCGAAAGCUUCCGAUGAAGUGACCCGGUUGGCCAAGGAGGUGGCAAAACAAUGCACUGAUAAGCGCAUCAGGACAAACCUUUUGCAGGUUUGUGAGCGAAUCCCAACAAUCAGUACCCAGCUCAAAAUCCUCUCCACUGUUAAAGCAACCAUGCUGGGCCGGACUAAUAUCAGUGAUGAAGAAUCAGAACAGGCCACUGAGAUGCUGGUUCACAAUGCCCAGAACCUGAUGCAGUCCGUCAAGGAGACAGUUCGAGAAGCGGAGGCUGCCUCUAUUAAGAUUAGAACAGAUGCUGGAUUCACUCUACGCUGGGUCAGGAAAACACCAUGGUACCAGUAGAGAAUUGCCCUUCCUCAAAGCAGUGUCUUUUUUUAUACAUACAUACACACAUGCAUAUAUAUACAUAUAUAUAUACAUACACACAGAGUCCUUUUUGUGAAACAAAGAGAAUUUUGUAAACAGCCAAAAAGGUGCUGCAGAGAUUAAAACGAGGCUCCAGGAGGCCCAUUUUAAGGGCUUUUAACAGCUUGCUGAGCUACCUUUGAUAUCUAACAUCGCCAUAGUGUCCAAAAAUGACUACUUGUUAUCUCUGUCUCGCUUUGGAGGGUUUUUGAUACCUGUGUUUUCAGAAACACAACGAUCUCGGCCCCCAUCCACAUUAUAUGCACUGUUAUGUCCCAGUGGUUUCUAUGUGAGGCAAUAUAUGAAGUUUUCACUUUAUCAUGAUUUGAAACGCUGGGACACUGUUAAUUUGCUUAGCUGAUAAAUGUGAGGGACAAUCAGAAAACAAAUAGUUCAGAAUUUCCAUUUCCCACUCCUUUUGCUUAAAACAAAGUGGUGUUGCUAAUUUCCAAAGCCUUUCCUAUGGUAGUAGGAAGACUGGCUUGGCUCUAAAGCAGUUGGUACACAUUUUUCCCAUUCAGUAGCAACCCUUUAAACACUAGCAUUGGGGGAAUACAUUUCCCAAAUCAGCACCUUCAUGGUGAUGGAAUUGAUCAGUCAUGAUUUUUGAGGCUAUUUAUUUGCUAGGGAAGAGAGUGUUCCUCUGGACUUGACUUUGUUGAGGAGCAGACAGCCAAGAGAAAAGAAUCACUGAAUGCUCGGGCUUCUUUCCACAAGCCAGACUGUCUCUUGCUUGCCCUCCCUCUCCUUCUGAUUGUUCCUACUGUUCAAGAAAUUUUGUUUUUGAAAUGUCACAUUAUUUUUCAACUAGUGAUUUCUUCCAGCCGAUAGCCAUAGCGGGGGAGCCAUUGGAGGUACGAUGUAGAACAUUUAUCAUGGUGCUUCAGAAAUAUUUCUCACUUCCGGCUUCACACACCUCACAGUAAACAAUUGAAACACAAGCUUUACACACUUGGUAUUGUGCUUCAUAAAUUCAAUUCCUGCCAUAUGGACGAGUUGUCUGUCAACCACGGCAGGAAUACUGGAACUCGGAAAAUUGUUUACUGCUAAAUAGCAUGGCUUUAUUUUAGCGUAUUUUAGGACUAGGCGACAAGGAGUUGGCGUUUGCAUUUGCACAGCGCAAAGAAUUUAGGGAAAUAUCUCCCACAUGAGCUAUAGUAACACUAAAGAACGAGCACAUUUGUCUUGCGCAGAUGCUCCAGUGCGAGCCUUUAAUUUUGCUUUGGAUUUGCAAAUCAAUCCAAGUACUGAAGCUAUGCUACCGUGCAACAAAUCAUAUUCAGGACAGUCUAUAUACGUGCUCUCUAGGUUCGUGAAAGGGCUAUAGCACUGGUUUUUACACUUCCCUGCUGUUCCUCCUUUUCUGGUGCAAUUUUGAAACUCAAAUUAUAGAUAUUUACUUUUUAAUACCAUCUCUUCCUUCUGCCACGAACAAGUAGCUUGCUUGUUCAUCAUUUCCUGACUACAUGUGCCUAGUGAUUGUUGACUGUAUGGUACUCAGAAUUGUCAUUUAAUUUCUGGCAAUAAGUGGUCACAACUAGAAGUUGAAAGGGAAUAUUGGAGCCUUAGCCCAGAUGAGUUGCCUUUUGCUUGGUUUACAUGAAUUCAGUAGGAAGAGGGAAGUCUAGAGCAGGGUAGGGAAGGCCAUCCAAAUGUUGUGGACUGCUACGCUUCUCAGUCCUAAACUUAUUAGUUAAUGGUGAGAGACGGAGUCCGGUAGAGACGUCCAGUAACACUUGGAUGGCCAUUUCUACUCUAGAGGACUUUUAGCUCUUCUGGAAUGUCUUUUAUCACUUCAGCCUUUCAUUGUGAGCUUUUAAAGUCACCACCAUUUAAUAGCUUGAUUUCGUAUUAAUGCAAUAUUACUGAUGCCUUUAAUUACAUGAUGGUUUAUAUAUACCAAAGACUUUUAUUUGUUAAGGAAUGUUUGAAGGAAAGCUUGGAAUCAUGUUUGCCUUGGAUAUUUCUUCAGAAUGUUUGCUAUGCUGAAAGAUCUUUUAUAGAAGUUAAUAUCCUUUACACCUUAUGCAAUUUAUACUUUCCUCAACACUCUUGUCCAUCAGGCCUAAGAUGAAUCAAACUUGAAUGUCAGUAGCAUUUUGCCACUAAAUACCUUUGUUUAUAAACCAGAAUUUUGUUCUAUAUGCUAAUAUUUUCAACCUUUGUUCUGUUUAAACAAAAUAAAAAUGCAUUUGUAUAAAAAA